CCCUACUGCGUUAUGUCAAAAUGGCUGCUGUGAAAAAGGUCUAUAAUGUCUUAAUUUGUGUUAAAAAUAUUGGUAUCCCCUUUGUAUAACUUUAUAAGAGGUAAACUGCACUACAGGUCCCCAAAUUCCCAGAAAAAACAGAGGACAUGACCUCAAUAGCAGUUAGGUCUUGAAUGCUGAAUUAUCCUAGUGUUAGCUACUUCUUUAUUGUUUGGACAUUGAACAUCACUUCAAUUCAAUCUGUGGCCUGGUCGAUAGCAGCCUCCUGAUUGGGUCAGCUUCUAACACGUGACCAUACAGGAAGUGAUUUCUAUAAUCUCCUUGGUCAGCUGUCGGGUUGUGAAAUCUUGCACUCUUCCUCGGGGAGUGUGAUUUAUUUUUCUUCCUCUGUUUGACCUUUUAUACUUUCUGUAGCUGUGACGUCAUUGGGGCUUUGAGUCACGUUCACGGUUCUUUUCACCGGCGCGCGACUUGGACAGUAGCCAGCUGAGGCUGCUCUGAAGUUGAACUGUCAUUGGAAACAGACAUGAACACGUUGGUGACCAAAGUAGACCUCAAAUGGAUCAGUUUCACCUUGAGACAACCUUGGAUAACCUCUAGGGCAGCUUCCAAGGUCCAGCUCUCCACACUUCCUCCAGAACCUGUCAUACCCUCUAAGAAGCCUUUCAAAGUGGAGCUGGUCGGUGGAAAGCGUUACUCAUGGUGCACCUGUGGACACAGCAAGAAACAGCCUUUCUGCGACGGAGCCCACAAAACCAAAGCCCAAGGCCUGUCCCCGCUACGCUUUGUCCCAGAGAAAGACGCCACGGCUUGGUUGUGUGGUUGCAAGUACACAAACAAUCCGCCUUACUGUGACGGCACGCACAAGCAGGACUUCGUCAUAUCUGCCCCGCUACAUGAGCAAACUGAUUCUUGAAAAGGAAUGCAGAGAGAUCUUUGAACUGAACAGCACAUGUAAACUGAUUGACCAUUUCAAGUGUCUGAUUCUUGUGUCUUAUCAGUAUUUCUCUCAGUGCUUGACAGAGAAGAGAGUGGCUAUGAAAAGCCCUUGCUUUCUGUCGUUUAUCAGGGAAACAGGGUUGAAUGAUAAGAUGAUAUACUGUCUGAGGGUGGAGAUUUUACCACCACACUCUGUAGAAAAGGAUGUUAAAGAUGGGAUAUAACAGUAUUAUCUUCAAUACUACUCAAGAUCUAGAGAAUGCUUUUACAGGAGAAUAUUGUCUGUGUAGAGGUUUUAGACUGUGAAGUGUGUGUAUGAAGGGAGGAUGUAAUAGUGCAGUGUCCUACAGCUCACUCCGUAAAGUAGCAUAUCUGUCAGGGCCAUAAAUCCUCCUCUCCACAUAUAAAAUGCCACAUUAUUUUUUAACUUUUGGGGAUGUAUUUAUAUGCUUCUGACAGAAACUUCAUCAUGUCAACCAGGGUUGGCCCUGGCGGACCUGCAGAUAGGACCCAGAGAAAAGUGCUAACUGUAUCUUCUUCCAAGCAGCUUUGCACGUGAGCUACUGACACAUUUUGGGUUAGGGUACACGCACACACUAUUAUUAAUACAUUUAAACCUUGCCUGUUCAGAGAACUAUGCCACAAUGAGUGAUCUGAACACUUUGUGCUGUAGCUCACUGUAGGAAACUGCACUGAAAAAGAGCUGUUGACAUUACAUUAUGUACCUGUAAUUAUUAAACUGAUUACAUUUUUAA